UCUGUUGCCAGCACACUAAGGCCACGGCCAGUACAAAAGCGAUUGAUAAAAGCGUACCCAGUGAAGUGUGUGUGGCCACAUAAGCACGUUGUCGGCUUCGAAGUGGAGCACACGGAAAGGACGGACGUGAAAGACGUGCUCUCGGUGCGUGCUGUGCAAGACAGGGCCUUCCUACACCUGGCAGCAGCUUUAUCGAUAAAGCGACGUCGAACGGACAUUCCGAAAACGCCUCUCUUCCUCUCACUCUCUUGCUGCCUGCCUGCUUGGUUUGCCGGCGUUCGAAAAAGUGCUUUUACUAUCAAAUUGCGGUGCGUUCAGCGGAAGUGGACCGGUAGUCGCACACGGAACGAUGAAUGUGGCACCGGAAUAUGGUGCUGCGCUUCGACAGAGCUCCCCAAGACACGACUAUCACCAGCAGCAUGAACCGAAUGCCGAAUAUCAACACUUUCCGGGUGGUCCCGGUGCUCCCGGUGGUCCCAGUGGCGGUGGACAACAGCACCAGCAGCAGCAACAACACCAGCAGCAGCAGGAUUUGACCAUCGAUGGCAUCCCGAAUAACUUUCCCCAUCGGCGGUCACGGGCAUCUCGAACAUUCAAGAAUCCACCACAACCGCACAUGUGCAUCAAGGAGAAGACGCUAGAUGGCAAGGAGGUGUUCAUUAAUGUGCUCAGCUGGACACGGAUCGCCAACCCGGACAAUCCGGACGCACCGAUCCCACUUUACGGUGGCAUGAAGGUGGGCAAGAUCCCACCGGGCAGCCCGAAGGUGCCACCCCUAGUCUACGCUGUGAUGGCCAGCCCCGAGGUGCUGAAAAAGGCUGGACGAAAGUGUCCCGACACACCGGAACGGAUGAAUCUGGUCGAUCUGAUGUGCGAGUUCGUGGAAGCGAUGAAUCCGUCGCUGCACCUAUCAAGGAAGCCCGAAAUACUGAAGGACCGGGAUCUGUCCGGAGAACUGAAGGAUGUGUGGAGUGCGGUACAGGCUUGCCGUGAUAAAUGCCGCACGGAUAACGGACCACCGGAAAAUCUCGUUGUUUACACCGAGUUCGGUCCGGAUAGUGCGCCCAGCUACGAGCACAGCAUACAGCAGCACCAGCAACAGUUUCCACAACAUCAUCAUCAGCAGCAGCAGCAAAACGAUUACCUCCCAAACGCACUCGUUCAGCAGCAAUACGAGCAGCAACAACAGAAUCGCUUCCCAUCAUCAUCAUCAUCUGCUUCAUCAUCAGCGACAGCUACUAAUCCAUCGAUGCAGCGUCAAUCGAUGCUUCAGCCACAACAUAAUCAACAACAACAAAGUGCAAUUAGCAACAGCAGCAGUAGCAGCAGCAAUCCCUCUGUGACCAGUAUUGAACCGAACUCAGCGACAGCAUCAUUCUCCACCUUCGACACGUUCGAUGGUGUGGUGAAUGGUAAUACAACCAGCAGACCUCCUUCACAAGCAACCACUGGCGCUGCUACCAUGACAACUAGUGACGAAGAGUUGGUUAGAGACAUCGAAGGACUGAAGUUAUCCGCUUCUGUGCCAACUGGUGGCGGCGGCAGCGGAGGUAAAACCAAUGGGCUUACACUGCCAACAACGGAACCGGGCGUCACGAUCACCACGACCGCUUCCGUAACAGUGCCACAAACAUCACCAACGGCGGCCGCUGCACCGGUAACACCGGUGAAGGAACCGAAAUCCUCUUCCGGGCACACGUUCUUUCCGAUGUUUCGCUCGUCGAAAAAUAGUAGCAACAGUAAUGGCAGCGGUAAUGCUGCUCACAACACUGUGGGUGGUAGUGGACAAAACCAACAGAACGCAUUAAGCAACGCCACUGGCUCAACCGGUACCGUAACAUCGAAUGGUGUUGAGAAUGGUACCGAUGGCGAGCAAACGAAGCCUAAUAGUACGCCAGUGCCCGCGACAGUACCAGCGAAAAGCAGCACCAAGAAGAGUGGAUUGAACUUUUUUCGGCGCAAUAAAUCUUCCUCCUCGUCCGGAGACAAAAAGGAACCCUCGACACCGACCAAACAGCAAGGAUCGCUAGUGACGACGGGUUCCGGUAGUGUUCUUCCAGCGGCUAUUCCACCGGUAACGGCCGCAACUCCGGCAGCAACGGGGGCACCGUCAGAUGGGAAGUUGCUUCUUGCGGCGGACUUGGAGAGUGGUGGUGGUUUAAAUCACCGAGCAGAUCGAGCUGGUGCCGGUGUCGGUGGUGCCCAUCACGCUUAUCAUGGGCUGGAAACUGGGACGGGGGCAAGUAGUGGUGCCGAGAUAGUCGAAAGCUCCGCAACGAUUGUGGCAAAGUAGAUGCUGGAGUAGCAGGAACCGGUACCCCGGAUGCCAUGCUGCUGGAUGUGAUAUGACUUUUUCGGGUUUUCUGGAAUCGUUCAACGCUCGUUAGCUAGACAGUCGACAGUCAAUCGGAGGGUAGCUGAAGGAAUGGUGGCUAAAAUGUGGUUUCUCCGUUCGAAUAGGGAAUGGUGACUGUGGGUGUAGGAUAGAUUUGUUAAGCCGUGGUGUAAAUAGUACCCAACGUACGCUCUCUUUCUCUAUGCUCUCUGAUCACGGCGUGGCCUAUAGCGAGAGCGGAACUUGCGGACGCGGUACAUCCAUUGAUCAAGCCGCUCGCGAUCAUCGCAGACAGAAUGCAGACUCUCAUAUUGGUAAAAGUUGUACCGCGUUGUCCUCAAUCCAUAUCGCACGCUUGCUGUGGAUACACCCGAAUUAAUGGGAUGAAGCUGAAGUAGUUCCAGCUUCGAUAGUCGGGCAGAUCAACCACAACGCUGGUUAAUUAGCGACUGUUUUAUGGAAGCGCCUAUUCGCUACGCAUUUUUUGUGUACCCGGGAUCUUUGCAAGGAGCUGCCUUUGCGAAUUAUACACAAAGGUCAGACACAUACACACAGACUCACACACGCACGCGCGCGCGUUUGCUCAUGAUGUAUUUUGCUCAGAGAGCGCAAUUGGCAGGUUAGCCUAGAUCAGACAAACUCCUUAAGUAUUACUUCAAACAAGUUCGAUUUUGCGACCAAAUACAGCUGUGAACAGAUGUGUUGCAGCUUUCUAAAUCAAACAAAACCCGUACGACCAGUGUGCCGUACGAUCACCUCAUGAGAUUCAUUAGAAGAACAGUAGGAAUAGCCCCAACGUAUGUGAGGUAGUUAUUCUAUCUUAAAAAUUCGAAGUAAGAUCACCUCAACUACUUGUAUUGACAUCUACGCAAACUUAACUCAUGAUCGUAUUGAUCUCAUCAGCAGUAGUAGCCAGCGGGGAGAAGGAGUAGAAAAAGGCAAGGUCCUGUUUAGCUAGCUCAGGGACUGGUUAUGCACAUUGUGCUCUUAAUGAUGAUGCUGCACAUGCCCACAUCAGGCGGAAUCAUGUAGAUUGAAGGCCUUAACCGAACCGCAGUUAUGAAACGGUGCGAUUCAGGAACGAAAUGACCUUCAUGUGGCUGCCGAAGCAAUGGCAUCUCAAUGGAACUUUCGCAAGGCUUGCAAAAGGGACGCAACCUACGAGACGCUUAGUAUGCAUGGGGGUCAGAGAAAUCGUAGAGGAAAGGCAAAUCGGAAUGCGUUUUAUAAAACCAGUGCUAGAAAAUUGUCAAUUGAGACAAAAUUCCAUUUUCAGUAGAGAAAAACAGAAAUCCACAAGUGGCGAAAUCACUAGAAAAUAUAAGUCAAAAAGGGGGCUGCACAUUAUCGAUUGAGAUAUCGAGGGUUAGUUUUAAGAUGCAAGUGAAUAACAAGACAGCGAGCGCGCCUGAUUUUGAAAGUCAGAAGGAAAAGAGCAACGCAAGAGAUGUGGUUGAAUGGUGGUACGAUUGGCGUUUGUUUUCUUGUUGGUUGAAGCAGAAGAGUAGCAGGGACGCAGACAGCACCUUAGCAUAUUUAGGAAUAUCCAUUUUCUACUCGCGUUCAUGGUCGGUUGUCUACACAACCUCUUUUUUCUAUUCUCUAUUGUAUAAUGUAAAUCCUAGUUUGUGAAGGGAUCGUACGAACCUGUCAGCUGCGGGAACCUAGCAAACUCAUCCCAGUGCACUGGUAGUGCAAGCGUUACGGUGCGUUACAUGGAUAGCUGCUGGACGUCACGCCACGGUUGCGAAGCAAAUGCUGCCAUUUUUUUCCUUUAGAUUUGGAUUGAGUUGAAGAGUAUGAGGCGCAAGGAACGACCACAAAAUUGUAGAAACUCCUAAUUUGCAGAUAUUUAUUGAUUACGAGCGGAUGUGAGGACAAGGUUUUUUGUCCUCGGCAAAGCUACAAUGAGAGCAGCAAAGCGAAUGCUGACUCUAGGUUCAGUAGCAGAACACCAUUAGCGGUGGUAGCUAUAGCGAGUAGGCAAUAGAGGAUCGCUAGCGAUAGUCGAUUGAUCUAGCAUAGUAUAGUGUAUGCAUAUCGAGAACAACACACUGCAACAUCCUGCGAGGAAUAGUAUUAUUCAAAUGCGUGACCCUUCAGUUGUGCGUACUGAUUUGGUUCACCAUGCUAAGGCAUGGUGACGUUAGUUUAAAGCAAAAAGCCAGACAAGGACUGUGUCGAAACAAGUGUGAUGAUUUUGUGCGUGUUUUACUUAUGAGUUGAGUGCAGGCCGGCAGCUUACAUGCUCACUAAUUACUUGUUGUGGUCAGAGAGGGUGAAGAGAGCCGCCAUCCCCACACCGGUGCUUCCGUGGCUCGAUGAUCUCAACACCGUGUUCCAGCGAGAGCAUCAUUCUCGGUUUUGUGGUUUUUGUUAAGUGUGCUAUUAACGAAGAUUAUGCCUCGUGCUUGGUUUUGCCGAUGCUUUUCUUCUUUUUAGAAAAAAAAAAAACAAAAGUAUUUCUUUCAGAGCAUCAAUUCAUUCCUUUUAAACGACGCCAUAUAAUCGGGGAACAGUGAGUGUAUUUCAAUAGUUUUUAUCAAACGAUUGGCCGAAUCGCAGUUCACUUCACGGUAGUGUUAUCAGUUCGAUAAGGCAGCUUCAGUUCAGUCUUCUAGAACCAGUUAGAUUUUAGUUAGGUUUCCUCGUGCGAUAUUAUCGUGCAAACCGGGGAUAUGGUACAGGUGGUCGUGAUAUGAGUAAUGGAAAAGUAAAAAGUAUUUAUUGCAUCACCACCCUGUCAUGUAGUUAAUUUUCAAUUUUCGAGCCGGUCUGGUUACACCUCCAUUAUUGUCGUCUUCACGCUAGGUAGCAUAGGCAUAGUCAUAUAGUUCCAUUGCUCUGCCCAGAUAUGUGUUCUCUUAUGCAAAGCGCUCUCUCACGCUCCACAAACGGAUAUUUAACUGAUUUAACUGUAUUUACAAUGAA